UCUUUAUAAAACCUUUACAACUCAAGCUGUUUGGUAAUUGCAACAGCAAUGACAAAGAAUAGUGUGGAGAGGAUUAUUAGUAGGAGUAGAUAUGUAAUAUACAGUAUAAAUAACAGUUACAUAAAUUGUAGUGUAUGGGGUUAUUUGAAGGACACAUGUUCAAAUCAUGUUUCUUAAAAAGUGCAUUUUUACAUCAUUUUUGACAUUUUUAUCCCUUGCAUCUUGAUUCUGGUCGUAGUGACAUUGUUGUUGCUUUCCAGUCUGUUUAAUUACUUCUCAGAAUAGGACUGUUGCCUGAGUUAUAACAGGAAAACCACUUCCAAUGGCUGAGCUUUCCACAAACAAACCACACCACCAUACCUAUGUCACAUGACCACAGUCCACAGGCUUAUAUAAAGCCCCGAUCCUCACAACGAGCAGCUAGUAACAGGAGACAAUUCUUUAUCUGCCAGAUUGUAUUUCAUCAAAGAAUAAGACCUGAGAUGAUUGAUGUUUCGAUGCAUGCUUCUUCUGACCAAGACCUGGGCUCAGGAGGCAGAAGCCGGCAAAGGUCUCACUCUUAUUAUAGUUCAGAGGACAGUAAGAAGUACGGUGGGCAGACACAGACAGAGGACACCUUUCUCAGACCACGCUCCAGGUCCUUUUACAGUUAUGAGACGUCAGAGCAUCACACCGAUUAUGACACAGGAAGCUUCACAGGGUCCAGUUCACCACAGCAGAGGGCAAGCUCCAUACUCCAGUAUCAAGUGAACAAAAAGGAAAAGAGAGAAGAGAAUGGGGCCAGUGUUCGAGUCACCUCUAAGAAGUCCAAGUUCAAACCAAACAAGCGCUCACCAACAAGAGAACUGAAUGGCAGUAAAGGCAAUCUCAAGUCAGUGUCCAUGAUGACCAUAUCUGAGUCGGACAACUGGGAAAUCUGCUCCAGCUCGGGGAUGAAGUAUGGACAGUUUGUGGACUGGGAGAAGAUUGACCCUGAAGCGGCAAUAAAAUACCAGCAGAUCCUGCAGAGUGAUCACCAGCAGCUGAAAACUAUGGGCCGAGAGGGAUUCUGGGCCAUGCCACAUACACUGAGGGCCAAAGCUUACUAUCACAUCAUCCACAGCAUCAAUACCAGGUCUGUCACUCCAGACAGAGAUACACACAGUGAACUGGUCAAGACGCUCUUCGGAGAACACAAAAUCAGCUCCCACCCUGUCCCGGAGUACAUGGAGGCAGUAGAAAUACCCAGAUACUGUCUCAACAAAGCAGGCCUGAACUCUGUUAAAAGGAUCCUCCUCUGCCUCGGCAAAAGCUUCCCUGACAUGAACUUCUGCCCCAUCCUGCCUGAAUUGGUCUCCCUCCUCCUCCACUUCAGUGAGGAUGAAGCUGAGUGUUUCCACAGCGUGUCCAGACUCAUCUGCUACAAUGAUCCCAACAAGCGUUACAUCGACCAGACCUUCCUCACCUACCGCGCUUCCUGCAUGACCUUCGGCGACCUCGCCAACAGGUGCUGCAGAGGCAUCCGAAAGCUGAUCGCCAGCUCGCACCAGAACCUCUUUGAGUUUUACUCUGACUGGAUCAUGUGGAUAUUCGCUGACCUUCCCUUCACAUAUGCCAUCAGGGUGCUGGAUGUUUACAUACUAGAGGGCUACAAGGUCCUUUACAGGGUGGCAUUGACUUUGCUCAACCUCUACAAAGUAUCCGUGUCGUCUCGAGUUGCAGACGUGGAGGACUUCCGAACAGAUAUGAAAAGGUUUGUGCAGAGUGUAGCUCGCCACUGCACGGUUGAUAAGCUUCUGGAGAGGGCCUUCAUGAUUCCGAUGGCCACGCGGAGAGAACUCAACCUCCUGUUCAAUGCUAAUAAGGACGCCCUCAUGCAAAAAGGUGUCAGCACGCACCAGAAGAGGCAGUCAGUUGAGACGGUGGACUUUAAUAACUUCACCUCCAGUGUUGUGACAGGGACUGAGAUGAGAGUGGUCUGGGCCUGGAUACCUGAGCGCUUUGCCCUUUUCAGCCCCAUUAGGCUGUUUAAUACAGCUGAACACGGGAGGAGCCUUGCUUCAUUCUAUUCACAUGUGGAAGGACACGAACCAGUUGUCUUGAUGAUCAAAACCAUGGGUGAAGAGGUCUUUGGAGCCUUCCUGUCAACAGAUGUGAUAGAAAGAAGAAAACAUGACUCUGAUGGACUUACAUAUUUUGGAACCGGGGAAUGUUUUGUUUUUACGCUUCGUCCCAACAUGGAGCACUACCAGCAGACUAUGGUCAACAUAAUGACCAGAAGAUCCUCCCCUCAGCAGCCUCGAGACAGCAGCCGUGCUUCCUCUCAGGUGUCCAACAGUGGCUGCUCCCCCACCACCACAGCCACCGCAACUCUGACCUGUCCUGCUGGAACGCCCCAGGACCCCAGCUACCUCACAAUCCCCUUCACUGCCCCAGCAGAGGAGCCCAUGACUGCCAAAGAGCCAAAGAGACCCAAGGAACAAGAAGCCUCCAUGUUCAUAGCAGGCAGUGACAGUCAGCUUGUUAUCGGUGGCAAUGGAGGUCACGCACUCUGCCUGCAGGAGGAUCUAGAAGGGGGAUACUCAGAGCCUUGUGACACAUUCAAGAGCAUCCCACUUUGCAAGGGACACUUCAAGAUCCAGGCCCUGGAAGUGUGGGGCAUCCAGAACUCAAUUUCCUUUUCUCACUGUUUUCCCUCUCAGUAGGGUAAUGG